GGAGCCGUAAACGGGACCUCGUUCAUUUGCUCCGUGGACGUGUUGAGGUAGAGCCGUGGACAAACCUACACAGAAUAUGACGAAAGACGAUCCCUCUGAGCUGAAAACGCCGGCGUCGUGUCGAAAACCAGGUUGAAUGGACUAAACAUGGUGUCAACUAAUCAACAGUGUUGAUCAUGUGUCAUGGACCUGGUGAGUGUUUAGAUUUUUCUUUUUUUUUUUUACCAGUCACAGUUCGCUGUGAUGAGCAUUUGCCUAAACAUUCGUAGUUUCCACCAGAGGUCAAAGACCAAAGAUGGCAAAUUUCCUUGGAUGUCUGAGCGAACAGUGAUGUUAUAAUAAUUCCUGUGACCUCCUGACUUUAUAUUAACCCAUCUCUCUGUCUCAGGCUGAAGCCUCAGCGGUGAUGCAGUCACUGUUAAAGUACCAGAACGAGGGGAGCUGGUGAGUAUUGUAUGUUAGGGUUAUGAUUGUGUAUUUACGAACCACAGUUCGCUGUGAUGAGCAUUUGCCUAAACAUUCGUAGUUUCCACCAGAGGUCAAAGACCAAAGAUGGCAAAAUUCCUUGGAUGUCUGAGCGAACAGCGACAUCUAUAACUUCUCAUAGUAACAGCUUUGCUCUCAUUAACCAGCUCUGUUGCUCUUAGGUUGAAUGGGCCGGAGGUGGAGUCGACUCGUCAGGUGUCACGGAGCAGAUACUGAAGCUUGAUUUUGAAGGAUUUUUUUUAACUGUUUGAAUGACUUUUUUUUUUUUUUUGCUUGAACUGUAACUUGAAGCAAAGAUUUGUAGUUCCCACCAGUGGAAAUCUUUCAAGGUUGUCCUGUUAUGAACUGUUAAGUAAAGGUUUUCUGUUUACAUUCAUUACAUGUGUGAAGCUGCACUCAAUUUUUUUUAAUUACUAUUUUUUUCCUUGUACCAAAUAAAGCUAAAACUCUCAACUGAAGUGGGAAUUGAAUGUUUUCUGUAAUUAGCACCAGUGGUGAGCUACAGUUUGAUACAAUGAAAGUACUUCAUGUCUCAAAUACAGGGUAGUGUGAAAUAAAACUGAACUCUGGUUCAGAAUUUCCAAACUGAAGAAACAUGAUAGACGUUAGCUUGAGGCUGAAUAUUUUUUAUUUUUUUUAAAUAAGCCAAACUCGUGAGGAACACGCUCACGCGCAUUUGCGCCUUUUUGACCCUCUGGGUUUCCGUAGCUGCUGCUGUCAAACUAGCGCUAGCUUAGCCUAGCUGUCUCGCGCUAGCGCGCACCGGUACGGUACCGACCCACACGAUGGCGGGCGUUCAACCUCAGGAUGAUCUGUUGAAAAUGACCCACAGAGAAACCUGGAAGGUGCAGCACGAGCGGCUGCACGUGAAGCACCGCGGUCACGAGGCCAUGCACGCAGAGAUGGUGCUGAUCCUGGUCGCCACGCUGGUGGUGGCGCAGGUCGUCCUGGUGCAGUGGAAGCAGCGGCACCACCGCUCGUACAAUAUGGUCACUCUGGUCCAGAUGUGGGUGGUUCCGCUUUACUUCACCCUCAAACUCUACUGGUGGAGGUUCCUGUCCAUGUGGGGAAUGUUCUCCGUCAUCACCAGCUACGUCAUCUUCAGGGCCACUCGGAGGCCUCUGUCCUGCAGGACGCCGCGGAUGGUCUACAAGUGGUUCCUGCUGAUUUACAAGCUGAGUUACGCCGUGGGCGUCCUGGGCUACUUGGCCAUCAUGUUCACCAUGUUUGGCUUCAAUGUCUUCUUCAGGAUCAAGGCCGAGGACUCUAUGGACGUAGGCGUAAUCAUGCUGUUUUACGGCCUUUACUACGGCGUCAUGGGCCGAGACUUUGCAGAAAUCUGCUCUGACUACAUGGCUUCCACCAUCGGAUACUACAGCAGAGGCGGCAUGCCCAGCAGGAGCCUCAGCAACGACAUCUGCGCCGUGUGUGGGCAGAAGAUCCUGGUGGACGUGGAGGAGGAGGGCUUCAUAGAAGACACCUUCCAGCUGUCCUGUGGACACAUAUUCCACGAGUUCUGCAUUCGUGGCUGGUGCAUCGUGGGUAAGAAGCAGACGUGUCCGUAUUGUAACGAGAAGGUCGACUUGAAGAGGAUGAUGAACAACCCCUGGGAGAAGACUCACGUUCUCUAUGGACAGCUGCUUGACUGGCUCAGAUACCUGGUUGCCUGGCAACCCAUCAUCAUCGGGAUUGUUCAUGGUAUUAACUUCUCACUGGGCCUCGAAUAAGGGCCUGAGGGACUCCGCUGUAAGUGUGGAGACUGAGGACCUGCCUGAAGCGCUCCUGAGACUCCGUCAGCUCAUGACUGGACUGAACACAUGCUGCACAGUCUGUGUCAGCAGGACUCACUGAACAACCAGUAUUUAAUAUCAAACAAUGACUAGCUCACUGAAAGCUGUUGUUGUGCUGUCUGAUGUUCAUGUGUGGAUCAUUGUUUACUUUAACAAAAACACAUUUGUAGCAGUUUUAUAGAAUAUUCACACACUAACAAACCACUGUAAUUCACAUUCAACUGUGGCUUUUAGCAAACUGAAGACAGUUACACAUUGGCCUUCAGCAUGUGACUCUGUUCUGAAUAGAACCAGUUGCAUUACGUCUUAUUUACGUUCUUAAUAGAACCAGUUGCAUUACGUCUUAUUUACGUUCUUAAUAGAACCAGUUGCAUUACGUCUUAUUUAGCAUGAACCGGAAGCUGAUGGCUUAGAGGUUUAACGUUGUUAAACCCUGGUUGUUUUGGCAAUCGCUGGUUAAUUAAUCAGAGGCGGCUCGUGUUGAAGGAAUCUCAGAGUGUGACCUGCUCUGUUCUCGUGUGUUGAGCAGCUUUGUUUGUCCAAACCCAGCUGAUGUUGCUUCAUAUCAAGACUGCUGCUGAUUUUAUCUUUGUAUUUAUUAAACAUUUAAAAGC